UUGGCCGUUUUUCCAAGUGCUUGAAAUAGAGCGGUGUUUGAGGUUAAACCUGGCCCAGUGGCCGACACUUUUUCGACUUUUUCAUACCUUUUAUUGGAUUGUGGAGCUGUCCUUUUUAAUGAAGAGGAUCUUUCGUUAGCAUUUAAGAUUUCUCAAAUUGAUGGGAGUUGUAGCUCGGUAUUUCAGAUGAAAUCUCCAAAUGUAAAUGCUGACAAGACGAUUCUGUAAUGAAUAUUGUAGGAUUUUUGUUCUACAUUAAUGAUCAUAUAUAAGGAAUUGGUCGUUUUACGGACAAAUUGUGACUUUAGCCAUGGUCCUCACGCCGAAACAGAGAGAAGAAUUAAAUAAAGCAAUUGCUGAUUACCUACAUCAGUGUGGGUUUGAAGAUACACUAAAUGCCUUUAAACAGGAUGCUCAAAUGCCAGGAGAACUUGAAGCAAAAUAUAAUGGGUUAUUAGAGAAAAAAUGGACUUCAGUCAUAAGACUGCAGAAAAAGGUGAUGGAUCUUGAAUCAAGACUGUCUGAAGCAGAAAAAGAAGUCCGCACUGGUGGUGGUGGUGGACCAAGUAAAAAUAGAUCUCCUGAAGAUUGGAUACCUAGACCACCAGAAAGAUAUUCAUUGUCAAGUCAUAGGAGUCCUGUUACAAAGGUUCUCUUUCAUCCAAUAUAUAGUGUUAUGGUAACAUCUUCAGAAGAUGCUACUGUCAAAGUAUGGGAUUAUGAAACCGGGGACUUUGAAAAAACCUURAAGGGACAUACUGAUGCYGUACAGGAUGUGGCGUUUGAUCACACUGGAAAAUAUUUAGCUUCAUGUUCUGCAGAUAUGACAAUUAAACUUUGGGAUUUUCAAGGAUAUGAAUGURUAAAAACCUUGCAUGGUCAUGACCACAAUGUCUCAUCUGUAUCAUUUAUGCCCACUGGAGAUCACUUAGUAUCUGCAUCAAGAGAUAAGACCAUUAAAAUGUGGGAAAUAUCUACWGGGUAAGUCAAUUUGAAUAAUAUUUUUGU